GUCCUGGCCGCGCGUGGCAGCGUAUGCGGUGGGGGCGGGCAGGCGCCUCUGACGCGGCCUGAGCGCGGCGCGGCACUGAGCGGGAGCGGGCGGAGCGGGUCGGCUGGGGCGGAGCGGAGCCGUCCGCAGAGCAGCCCCUCCCGGCCGCGGCCGCCGACCCCGGCCCCCGGCCUGGCCCUGGCUCUAUGGACAGGAGCUCCCUGCUGCAGCUCAUCCAGGAGCAGCAGCUGGACCCUGAGAACACAGGCUUCAUCGGCGCAGACACCUUCGCCGGUCUGGUGCACAGCCAUGAGCUGCCCCUGGACCCGGCCAAGCUGGACAUGCUGGUGGCCCUGGCCCAGAGCAACGAGCGGGGCCAGGUCUGCUACCAGGAGCUGGUGGACCUGAUCAGCAGCAAGCGCUCCAGCAGCUUCAAGCGGGCCAUUGCCAAUGGACAGCGGGCGCUGCCCCGGGACGGGCUGCUGGAUGAGCCGGGCCUGGGUGUCUACAAGCGGUUUGUGCGCUACGUAGCCUACGAGAUCCUGCCCUGUGAGGUGGACCGACGCUGGUACUUCUACCGGCACCGCAGCUGCCCGCCCCCCGUGUUCAUGGCCUCUGUCACCCUUGCCCAGAUCAUCGUGUUCCUGUGCUACGGGGCCCGCCUCAACAAGUGGGUGCUGCAGACCUACCACCCUGAGUACAUGAAGAGCCCCCUCGUGUACCACCCUGGGCACCGUGCCCGGGCCUGGCGCUUCCUCACCUACAUGUUCAUGCACGUCGGGCUGGAGCAGCUGGGGUUCAAUGCCCUCCUGCAGCUGAUGAUCGGGGUGCCCCUGGAGAUGGUGCACGGCCUGCUCCGCAUCAGCCUGCUCUACCUGGCGGGCGUGCUGGCAGGCUCCCUGACGGUCUCCAUCACUGAUAUGCGGGCCCCUGUGGUGGGAGGCUCCGGAGGGGUCUACGCCCUGUGUUCUGCACACCUGGCCAACGUCGUCAUGGUAACGGAGCUGCCCAGCAGUGGGGUGUGGGGAGGGGCCCACCUGGCGUGCCUCAUGGCCUUGUCUGUCUGCACGCCCCAUCAGAACUGGGCUGGCAUGAGGUGUCCCUACAAGCUGCUGAGGAUGGUGCUGGCCUUGGUGUGCACCCAGCUUCAUGGCACACCUGGCGGGCGCAGUGGUGGGCGUCAGCAUGGGCCUGACCAUCCUGCGCAGCUACGAGGAGCGCCUGCAGGACCAGUGCGGCUGGUGGGUGGUGCUGCUGGCCUACGGCACCUUCCUGCUCUUCGCCGUCUUCUGGAACAUCUUCGCCUACGACCUGCUGGGCACUCACGUCCCCCCGCCGCCCUGACCCGCUCUCCUGGGCCGGGCUUGGGCACGUGGGGGGCCGGCCACCAGGCGGGCGUUUGUGUCUGCCUCCGUGGAUGGGUGUCUCAGGGCUGCUGCUCCCCAGGGGCAGGUGGCCCCUGUGGCCCGCCGAGUUGAGGCCAAGGCUCACUCCAGCCCCGGCUGCCCCUCCCAGGCCUGGUGGGAGGGCGGCUGGGCCAGGGCUGGGUGGGUGGCCGCAGAGGAGUCCAUGUGACACCCCCCCUCAGCCCCACCCCCAGGACUUGCAGUCUGAGCCUUUUUCGAAAAUGAAUAAAUAUUUUACACAGCA